AUGUUGUCAUUGAUUGCAGUACUUUAUGCAUUCAAUUUAUAUUUUAUUGCUAGUACAGCUAACAAUGUUACUGUCGCUCUCUUACAAAUGUUGCCAAGUAACAAUACCAAAGAGAAUAUUCUUAUUGCUGACAAGUAUUGUUGUCAGGCAGCACAACUGAAUGCUGACAUUGCACUUAUACCUGAAAUGUGGAAUGUUGGUUAUUCAGCUCUAUUUCCUGGUUAUAAUGCAUUAAAUGAGCAACCAGUUCGAGAUUGGCUUGAAUUAGCUGUCGAUCGAUGCUCUUCGUUCAUUGCACAUUUUCGAGCUUUAGCAAUUGAAUUGAAUAUGGCUAUUGGAGUAACAUAUCUUGAAAAGCAUGCGAAUGGAACAUUACCACCAAAAAAUUCGUUAACCCUUAUUGAUCGAUUUGGUCGAGAAAUUUUGCAUUACUCAAAAGUACACACAUGUGAUUGA